AUGCUGCCCCAACGCAUCGUGGCCCGGCGCCUCCCCCAGGUUGCGUCUCGCUUCGCUACUGCCCCCCGCGCCUCCUUCUCCCAGGCUCGAGUCCUCAAAGCUGCCGAAAUCGAAGAUCCUCUCCAGAAUGGCGGCUACCAAAACCCUCCUCGAGUGAAGCGUCAGUUCAGAGAUCCCCACGGCGGAUGGUGGGAUGCGCAGGAGAAGCGGAACUUCGGAGAGCCCGUCCACGAGGAGAACGAAAUCCUGGGUGUGUUCAGCCCGGAGCAGUACACCCACGUCUCCUCCCGCAAGGGUUUCUUCCACCUCGGCGUCUUUGUUGCGACCUUCCUGUCACUCUGUGGAGUUGUGAGUCUCUACUAUCCUGACAGGCCGAGUGCCCCGAAGACCUAUGAGGGUGGUUUGGAGAAGGAGCUAGGCGGUCCGAAUGCUCUGCCGGCUCGCAAGCCCAGUGAGGACAAGUGGUGA